ACAAGAUAAAACGGCUUUUUUCUCCUGUUUGGAGUUUGAAUCCGAUAUGAUCUGUCACAUGUGUUUUUAAUUCAACUACUGGCACGUAAGAGGAAAUAAAGGUCGACCACUCGUGUCAAAAAUCGUCUGCUAGGAGUAGCAUUGUCGAACUACAGAACGUGGGCAUGUCGUUUCCUGUUGAUUUCCUCUAGUUGUAGUAAAUUUGGGACACACGCAGUGCGCUUGGGAACAUUCUAAAGAGCCGACGAAGCUGCUGCAAGGUCUGAGGAAUAUUUCAUUGGCCAAUCCUCCCUCACCUCUCUCUCUCUCUUUGUCAGUAACAGUGCAGCUUCGACUCUGGCCCUUAAAACAGCAAAAUGUCAUCGGCAGAAAACGUCACUGUUGCUUUUGACUAUGAUGCGUACAUCAGAGAAGAGGAGGUUAAAGACAUGCCUGAUUUUAAAGAUUACACUAGGAUCAUGUAUAUAGCAGCAUACUCUGUUGUCUGCUUCCUUGGCUCGGCACUCAACCUCUUUGUCUUCUGCAGAUGUAUGUAUGCUCACUGUAAACAGAAAAAAUCAAACGUGUUGGUCUGGAUUUUCAGCUUGGCUGUGAGCCACUUGGUCUUCUGCCUCUUCACUCCACUCCAGCUCCACUCUGCUAUUCAUCACUUUGUCUGGAAGUCUGGAACGUUCUUCUGCAAGUUCAGUUCCUUCAUCAUCUACACGAAUAUGUUCUCCACCGGUCUGAUCCUCACCCUGUGGACCGUACACGACCUCCUGCCCAGCUGCAGACAGAGAAACCUGUGCAAAUCAUGUGAUGUGUUUAUGGUGUUGGGGGCGUUUACUAUGGGAGCGCUUUUAGCCAUGCCAUCACUGCUCUCCAGGGAGAUCAAGGACAAAGCCAUGGGGGAGCAGUGCCUGGAUGACUACAGGUUUGGGGAGGCAGAGGAGACGCAGUAUGGCCGGGACAGAACGUUGGCAGUGGUUUGCGUGCGUUUUUUCGCGGGCCUGGCCCUUCCUGCCUUUGUGAUGGGAAUCGCCUGUUGCGUUAGGAGAGAACCGAGGAAUAAAGGCCAGUCAAAGAUCAUCUGCUGCAUGAAGGUGGCUUAUCUAGUUCUCUGGGGUCCACUGAUCUCUCUGACCAUGCUGCAGGCAGUCACGGGUCAGUCACACUCCUUCAGUCAGUUGAUUCCAGGUGCCACGGCUGUGGCAGCCCUUCACAGCUGUGUCAACCCCAUCAUCUGUAUUCUGGCAGGCAAAGACUUUAAAAUGAACUGGAUGCAGCAGAGUGACAGCAGAGAGAUACCGUGAAACCAAUCUCAGCCCUCUAUCUGAACAAGCUGGUUUUAUAGUGCACGCAAGACUACGCCAUGAGAAAUGCUGUGCUGAGCAGUUCUCCCAGCAGGGGGUGCUGUGACUGUGUACAUGUGUAAUUCUGUGAUUCUGUUCCACAAUGUGUAACAAUGUUGGUAAGGUUAAUGUAUACGUUCAUAGAGCAUAAAGCCAGAGGAGAAUUAGAAUCAAACAGAGUGGAAGAAGUGUUAAAACUGGAGUGGAGCCAAGCUCUUCACACUGCCCUGUGUGUAAUUAAACCCUGUUAUCAGACACACACAUGGACAAUCCUCAUGGUCUUCAGUUUCACUGGGACUUGAUCUGUCCAGACCCGUCAAAUUAAUAACGUAUUACCCUACCCACAUGUAUUCACACCCAUAUGUAAAAAUGCACUCUUUUUUUUUGUUGUUUUUUGUUUUUAUGCAUUCGAUUUACUUAUGUAUGACUUUUAUCUAUCUAUCUAUCUAUCUAUCUAUCUAUCUAUCUA